AUGACGGGACGGGCCGAGACGCGAACCCCUGAACCGCCCGACCGCGACGAACACGAAAAAUCACCACCUCGGUUGUUGAGGCCGAGACGCGCCACCAGACCACCCAACAAUUAUGUCCAAGAGCAAGAACUCGAUAUCGAACAAACCAACGCACGUGCCCAGCAGAAAAAGAAGGCCCAGAGCAAGGCAGUAGCCCAACGUGAAGCGGUCGCCUCGGAAUCAUCAACAGAGAGCGAGGACCCGAACGCGUCGGAACUGUUAAAAGAACUUGUCAAACUUAGGAAGGAGAUCAGAAAGCGAGACCAAUCACACAAGGAAGAGCUUCAAAAAGUCAAAGAAGAAUUUAUCGCCCUCAAAGAAGAGUUUAGCGCCGCCCUUGCAGAAGUUCGACACGAGCUACAGACCCUGGCCGAUAGACCGGCGACACCGCAACCCCACCCCGAGUCGUACUCUCCGAACAACCAUGAUGCAAUUCUCCGCGAGAUCCAAUCCCUACGUGAGGAAAUCAGCGUCCCCGCCCCCACGAGUUCCACGUCCUAUGCAGAUGUCGCCCGUACUCCUCCGACCAGUUCCCCGAGUAACAUACGGACUCUUUCAACGCUGAACACAACACCAACUACUUUCACUGACACGCUAUACUGCACGAUAGACACUUCAAAUAUGACCGAAAGUGAGGGUGAGAGGGUAUCCGCAGGCUCAAUCAGAGCCACAAUCGAGAGAGAGAUCCAGACGAUGGAUGAUCGCACUCACUGGCGCUGCCGCGCGGUCACUGUGAGCCCAAGAAAUACCAACCGGAUCAGAAUCGCGUGUCGCGAUGAAGCCGAACACCAGCUAGUGAAGAAAGUGGUGGAAGCAAAGAUCGAUGCGGGAGCCCGAGUGCUCCGGGAUGAGCUCUACCCGAUCAAGGUCGACAGCGUUAAGAGGACUGCAGUACUGGAUGAGAACCAUGAAAUCCUAACAGGAGCUGCGGGAGCCGUGGGUGAGGAGAACGCGGCUACUGUAGCUAAAUUGACAUGGCUGAGCAGCAAGGAAGCCGCAAAACCUUAUGGAUCGAUGGUCGUGUACCUAACCAAAGGGAGCGACGCGCGGAGGCUCCUGGCCGAUGGAUACUUCCAUGUCGGAGGAGAAUCCGGGACCACUAGCGUCUUUGAGUAUCGGCCACGACCGGUGCAAUGUUAUAACUGCCAGGGGAUUGGCCAUAAGGGAUUCCAUGCGCGAAAUGCGCCACGGAAGGCCAUCGUCACAGUGACUGCGAUCGCACGGUUCCAAAGUGCGUACCAUGCGGAGGCCCUCACGAAUCCUACAGCAAGAACUGCCGGAAGCUCUAUCCAUCACGUUAUGAAUAAUUCUCUUCGAAUAAUUCAGCUGAAUGUGAGGAAACAGGGUGCAGUGCACGAGAGUUUAAUGAACGAUGAAGACACUCGGAACGCAGUGGCGCUAGCGAUUCAGGAACCCCAAGCGAGGAGGAUUCAAGGCCAGCUGUUGACCACCCCGAUGGGGCAUCACAAGUGGACAAAGAUGGUGCCCUGCAUGUGGAGGGAAGGGAGAUGGGCAAUCCGGAGCAUGUUAUGGGUCAACAAAGAAGUCGAAGCGGAGCAAGUCCCAGUGGAGUCCCCGGACCUCACAGCAGCGCUGAUCAGGCUCCCCGAGCGACUGAUUUUCAUGGCAUCAGUCUACGUAGAAGGAGGCAAUGUCUCAGCCCUGGAAGAUGCGUGCAAUCGCUUACGCGACGCGAUCACAAAGGUACGACGAGAGGCGGGCGCUGUGGCGGAGGUUCUGAUUGUGGGGGACUUCAACCGACACGAUCAACUUUGGGGUGGAGACGAGGUGUCGCUGGGAAGACAAGGAGAAGCGGAUCCGAUCAUCGACCUCAUGAAUGAAUUUGCACUCAGUAGCUUGCUCAAACGCGGCACCAAGACAUGGCACGGCGGCGGACAAAGUGGAGACUGCGAGUCCACCAUUGACCUCGUCCUAGCUUCGGAAAAUUUGACGGAAUCCAUGGCGAAAUGUGCUUUACUCGACACAGACCACGGCUCGGACCACUGCGCAAUUGAGUCCGUGUUCGACACGCAGUGGUCGGGCCCAAGGCAUCAAGAACGGCUUUUGCUGAAGAAUGCACCGUGGAAGGAGAUUAAUGCUAGAAUCACGAGUGCUCUAGCCAUCCUUCCGUCAGAGGGUACAGUGCAGCAGAAAACCGACCGACUCAUGUCAGCAGUGUCCGAAGCGGUGCACGCUUUAACGCCGAGGGCGAAACCUUCACCACAUGCGAAGCGAUGGUGGACAGAUGACCUCACUCAGCUCCGUCAUAUAUACACGUACUGGAGAAACUGUGCUCGCUCCGAGCGACGGGCGGGUCGGAAAGUGCCUCGGCUUGAAAAAACGGCUCAAGAUGCGGCCAAACAGUACCACGAUGCCAUCCGCAAACAAAAGAAGAAGCACUGGAAUGAGUUUCUCGCAGACAAUGACAACAUCUGGAAGGCCGCCAAGUACCUCAAGUCGGGAGACGAUGCAGCGGGACAUCGAUGA